AUGCGCGAGAUGAAUGCUGCGGGAUACCGCAUUACCAUGGAUACUGAUUUUGACAAUGCCUUUGUUGUGCAUUGCGAUGGAGACAGACAGAUGCGAUUUGUGAAUUGUAGGGGUGUAUAUGUGUUGGAGCAACUUGGAGCGAAUGUCAAAGCAGGUGCCAAAGAGACAAGUGCGAUGUAUUGUUGCCAGUUAAGCAAAGUAAAUAAACAACCCCAUUUCUGCGAAGAUGGCAACGGUUCGAAAGAACAAGGAAGGAUUCACUCCAAGACAAGUCAAGGCUGCGAUGGAAGCGAGAAGUGCGAUGCACAUACUCCUCAAUACUCCAAGCACCAAAGUCUGAAGUAUGCAAUCCGAUCUGGUCUCAUCAAGGACUGUCCUAUCACUGAUGAAGCAAUCAACCAUGCCAAAGCAAUCUUUGGACCUGACGCAUCUACAUUGAAAGGCAAGUCGACAAGACCAACUCUGGAGAAGACACACAAUGACUUCUUCAGUCCACCAGAGGAAUUGUACCAGCACAAUCGCACAAUUGCCGUCUGUAUUGAUCCCAUGGAGAUCGGAGAUGCUAAGUUUCUCACCUGCAUUGAUACCACUGUGCGUUAUCGCUCAUGUAUUCCCAUACAGAACCUCAAGACUGACCCUGUAUUUGACGCAUUGGAUAAGAUAUUCCGCCGCUACAACAAGGCAGGCUUUCAUGUCAAGACGAUCAAGUGUGAUCGGGCUUUCAUCUCUCUGACGGAUGAUAUGCUAGAUGAUAUGGGUGUUACUAUUGACCCGACUGCAGCUGGAGACCACGAGCCUACAGCUGAGUGA